AUUUUGAUACUACCCUACUAUUUUGUUUUGAUAUAGUAAGAACUUUCGAAGCGCAGCGUAAAGUAUGGGCAUAGUAAGCGCAGUUUGCGGCAUUUUGUACGAGAUAUACUUUGCACAUGUAGACCCACUCCUGCGUACGCUAUGGCUUCGUAUCGAACCGCAUUACGAAGUGGCGAAAAAAGUUGCCGUAGGACUUCUUGUCGCAUUUACCAUUCUCUUCGUGUCACUAUGCAUUUCUGCGAUUCUUUUCGGUACAAUCUACUUCUACAACAUGCCGACAAUUUACUAUUCAUUUCCAUUGAAGUUUGAAUAUAACAGGGCAUGUAUGCAAAGACACAAAAGAUUUGAAAAAUUUGGAGGUCAUAGCCGCAAUAUUUACUCAAAAGAAUGCUUUCCGGUGUCAACCCUUCCUCUUGGUUAUGCUGACAACUAUAAGCUGCUACAAGUUGGUCAAUCAUACAGUGUUGUGGCGAAAAUUGAAAUUCCUGAAACUCCUGGGAACCUUGAUAUUGAAAGCUUUAUGUUCAUUAUGGAAGUGGAAGGUCAUAACACUACAAAUAUAAAUAUCCAGUUUAAGGAAAAACAGUCAAAGAAAUACAGAAACAAAGAGUUAGAAGAGAAGCCAGUAGUUUCCAAAUUUCGUGCAACUAAUUCGGUUGCAAUUAAAUACAAGUCACUUAUCAUCAAGUUAAUAAAUGUUGCCCUUUUCUGGCCAUUCUACCUCUUUGAUUUUUACCAAGAAACUCAAACUUUUGACAUCGUUCUAUUUGACCAGCUCAUAUUAAAUCCGGCAGGUUUAAACUGGAUUGCUCGAAUUUACAUUGAUCACCCAUCAAUCACAGUAAACCAUGCAAAACUUGAUGUGACUUUACGAUUUAGUGGCAUUCAAAGCUUGCUGUAUCAUUGGCCCGUUGUAUCCUUUGUUUUCGGGACAGCAAUUGUUUUCCCUAUUGUUCUUUGCAUUGUUGUUGCUGCUCUCUACUUCUUCGUGUGGAAAGUCUUCUUUAAAGCAGUUGCUCCAACUUCUGUUGGAAGGAGAAAUGAGAGACGAGAAAGAACUGCUGUAACAGAUAAUCUGCCAUCUGCGCCUGCCAAUACUGAUGAAGUCACCACUGAUGUCAUCAGCAGUAGCUUCGUCAUAAGUGACAGCAUCCGAACAUCAUCUCGCCGAUCUUCUUCCUCCUCUUCUUCCAUUGAGAUGAUCGGACACUCCCGUCUCUCCACACAAGGAAGCGAGUCAAGUUUUUUGAUUCCAUCGAACCCAACUUUAGAAGCAAGCGAGCCAGAGAUUGAUGCGAUUGACACAACGAUUACUGAGUCCAAUGCAAAUGAAGACGGUAGUUUUGUAGAUCCACAGGUAGAUACAACUGUAAGAAGAAGGCAAGUGUUGUAAAGCAACAUUACAAUUCAAACACCAUAUACAACAUGAAAUUGUAAGGCUCAACUUUUUACAGUGUCAGACUAAGUUUAUAUGAAAAAUAGGCUGGAUUUGAAAAAGUAGCAUGUUUGCCGUUUCCUGUUAUUCUGUUUUAUUUCUUUCUUCAGGCCUAAAACCUUGCACUUUGUUAGUGUGUUAUUUAUUUACCAUGUUUCUUUAGUACUUGGUUUUAUUCUAUUUGUUCUUAUGUUUCUUUGUUUUAAUAAUAUAGCUUGCGUGUAGUAUUUCCUGCUGCAUAUGUACCAUAAGUGUUUUGUAAAUGUAACAUUUUCAAAAAUAUUUCUUUGUCAAAUUACUUGCUGGUUAAGUGUUGUUGCAAAAAUGGCAUCGGUUUGUGGAUGUUCUUGUAUACAGACUGUUAAUGUUAAUAAAAUUGCACUUUUAUUCG